GCGCGCGCUAAUGACGUCGCUGGCCGCUGCCCUCGCUGGGAGGGACGCGGCGGGAGGCUGCCGCCGGGCACGUGGCGAUGGAGCCGGACCAGGGCGCCAGGCGGCUGCGGAGGAGCCGGAGGCUGCAGGCGCAGGGGCUAGAGCCGGCGCCCGACCGUCCCCGGGAGGAGCCCCCGGCUCCCCCGCUCGGCCCCGAGGACGGGCAAGCGGGUACCCCCGGGGAGCCCGGCCGCGGCGAGACCCUGGGGGCGGCCCCGGCCUUGCAGCGGCGGAAUCCGGGCAAGGAGGCGCCGGCGGUUCCCAAGGGGAAACCCAAAUCCGGGCGGGUGUGGAAGGAUCCCGGCAAGAAGCGGUUUUCCCAUAUGAUUCAGGACAAGCCCCUCCGCACCUCCUGGGAGCGAAAGAUGAAAGAGCGCCAGGAGAAGAAAAUAGUCAAGGAUUUUGCCCGGCAUCUUCAGGAAGAAAAACAGAGGGAGCGUGAGGAGAAAAAGCAGCGCCGGGAAGAGAACUUGAAACGACGCCUGGAGAACGAGCGGAAGGCGGAGAUCGUACAAGUGAUCCGGAAUCCGCUCAAGCUGAAGCGUGCCAAGAAGAAGCAACUGCGCCGGAUCGAGAAGCGGGAUACGCUGGCACUAUUGCAGAAACGCCAGGCGCAGCGCAAAGAGGCCAAGGAGUGAGGCUGCAGAGGGGAAGGGGAAUAAGGCUCAGGGCAGCUGUUUUUCUGGGGUCCAUCUGUCCUGACACUGCUUUCCCAGCUAUCCUGCCCAUCCUUCGCUGGGGACUCCCCAUCACCUCUCCUCCCUGCAGUAGGCUGAUCAGCUGCGCUGAGUACACGCUGGCUCACUCACGAGGGGUUAUACAAACUCACGGGCCGCACGGCUGCUCUUAAAUGGAAACCUGCAUUGUCUUCUCUUGCACCAGCGAGGCAGGAUGCUGCAGUCCACAGCGCUGGGAGGUGUCAUAAGCCCUAAUGAGACAGGGAUGAGGUGUCCUCAUACUGCCUGACUUGGGGCAAAGAAACCAAAGACCGUGGCAGCUGAGCCAAUGUGUGAACUGAAGCCCCUGCUGUUAAAAACUCUGAAUCCUCUUAAGCAGCGCAUGCUCACUGGCUUGUGGAGCUGGUGGGAGCAGGGCUGGAGCAGGGAGCUGCUUCUGGUGUCUGUCUUGGCCUGUGCCUCAAUAAUUUGAUCUUCUGUUAGGAGGAACCACAUAGAAAAAGAUUUGGGUUUGUAGGGACCUAGGUUGUGGACUGGAUGCUGUCUGUUGCUGUCUUAUAUUUGUAAUGGUCUGUCACCUUGCUCUGUGGUAAAGGACAGAAGUCCCAGCUGCCCAGAGUAGGCCAAGCUUCUCUCCCAUCAAUCAGCCUCUUCCCCAGGUUUGAGGUGGGUGUUCAUCAUUCUUGCCUUAGCCAAUUGGCCUUUCUGCUGAGACUGACAACCAGGGGCCUGAUUAUUAAAUGAGGGUGGGUUUUUAUUUUGCUGGACUCUUCCUGGAAAUCUGCCUCAGGUGACCCACUAACUCGUUGAAGAGGUUCCUGGCAACAGCUAGGAGAGAAUGACGGUGGGUUGCUCCCAACCACAUCAGGGCUGUAUGUGAGAAGGGAUUUGUUGAUCCAUCCAUGUUUGCUCUGGCCAAAGAAAUGAAACAGAAGGAAAAAUACCAGCCAAGCCUGUGUCCUGCUCUCUCCUUUCCGUCCAGAGGAGUGUAAGGCGCAGGGAGUGUCCACAACAAACACUGAUGGGGAUGGCGGGAGGGAGUCAGACAUGCUGUGCAGGAGCCAUUCAGCAUGGGGUGAAGGCUUGCGGCCCUAAAAGGGGCAGCGGGUAGCGGUGCGCUGCCUGCGCCCACAAGAGCUGCCUGGCAGCUUCCAUUGGCUGCAGUUCCCCCACCCCAGGGGCUGCAGAGACAUGCCAGCUGCUUCCGGGAGCAGUGUGGGGCCAGAGCAGGCAGGGAGCCUGCUUUAGCCUCGCUGCAUUGCCACUGGGAGCCACCUGUGGUAAGCGCCUUCUGGCCAGAGCCUAUACCUCGCACUCCCUCCUGCACCCCAAGCCCCAGUUCAGAGCUGCCUCCUGGUCUCCAAGCCCCUGCCCCAGGCUCAUCCCGGAGACCCCUCCCACACAUAAGGAAGCAGGGGGGCGCCUGUGUGUAGAGUGAACUGCUGGGAGGGGGCAGCAUGGAGUUCGGUGAGGGGUAGAUCUGUAAAAAGAAGGAUAGAGUGGUGAGGUGGGCCUGAGGUGAAAGGGGUUGGUAGUGAGGAUUAAGGCUGGGCAUGAGGGACACUUAGAGGUGUGGCCAGACGUGUAUAUGAUAACAGGGCCUUUGAUUGAUACCUCCUGCCAGGCCGAUUCCUGUAGCAAUACAUCAGCCCAUCACCUGCAGUUGGCAGCCCUCAGCUGCUGGACUUCUGCCUCCAGCCCUGCCAGGCCCAAGUGGUGCAUCCUGUUGCCUCGCUGCACCAGCAGGCCUAGCAACCCGCUGAGCUGCUGCAUCCAUCGCCCAAGGUGAGUCCUGCAGCUGCUGCAGUAACAGGCCCAUGUGGAAGAGCCUGCCUGGCCAGGUUCACUAUGGUAAAAGUAGGUGGUGGAGCCCAUAGCAGAGGGGCAGGAUGCCCACUGAGGCUUAGCUGCUGCUUCCCCAGUGGGCGAAGGGUGGAUGUGGCAGCAGCCAUGGAAUUCUGCCCGGCUAUGCUGGUAACCAGUCCCUCUCUCACUGAGCAUUCACUGAGAACUCCACAUUACAAGAGAAAGGUUUAAAGGUUGAGCUGAAGAUUAAAUAGCUGUAAUGCACUUGUGAUCAGCAAUGGCUUGAAAUAUUAAGGGAGCAAGAUUGCCGUUUAAAGGAAAAUGGCCACAAAGGCGGCAAGCAGUAAAUGUGGUUCUGAACUCUCAACACCAGCAGACUUUGGCUAACCAUGCAUAUUGCCAACAGGAAGCAGCUUGCUUAUAGGAAGAACUGCAGGCUAUGAAGGUAGUAAACAGUGCAGCUCUGGAAAGCAGUGCUGUAGUGAGCAUUAAGAAAGUUGUGUUCAGAAAAUUGGAGGAAAAGAACAGGGUUAGCUCUCAUACGAGUUCAGAAAACUUUUUCUGGACUUCCUUAUGGAAGUAAUAUCAAUAACCUGAAAAGAAGUGAAGUUUUUCUUCCCAGUAGGGGAUUCUGAUUCUGUAGAGAAACAAUGGGUAAAAGAAAAAACAGAGUCAUGUAUGACUUGGAAAUUAGUGCAUGGAAAUCCCGAGUUGACUCUGGAUGGGAAGGUACCAUGUGAUGUAACACAAUCAGAAGGAACGUUAAUGUCACAAUUUGGUUUAACAAUGAAAACAGCAGUAAUGUUUAAUAAUUCAUAUACUGCUUUAAACAGUCUAGGAAAAGUUGUAGGUAAAAUACAGAAAGGAUGGCCACCUCCAAAGAAAAAACUCAAGGUGCACUGCUGAUAACUUUCCCCAACAAUGGGCCACAAGGAAAAGAGGAACCCGCAAAAUAAACAAAGGGGAACCAAGGAAAGAAGAGGGCAAAGAUAAAAGUCUUGCCUCUUGUGAAAAGAAGAGAAUUUCUGAUCCGGGCAGAAAUUGGCUUUGGAGAAAAUUGCUACAGUAUGAGCCUCUGGAUCAGAUUGAUAGGCUACCCACUAAAGAAUUGUUUCCGAGAUUGGCAAGUCAUGAGCAAACCUAUGGCUCCCCCAUGCUCCAAAGACCAAGUACAGGCGGCGGUUCGCCUCCCUAGCUCCCCAUUGUCAGCAAACGAUCAUGCUGACAUAGUGGCACAUUUAAAAUGGGUUGAAUGUGGAAGACCCACAAUUUAUGUGGUGAUUAAUAGCAGAGCAUUCAAACAAAAUAUGUUAAUAGACACAAGUGCCACUUUUGGUACGGGUAAAAAGAAUUUAUUUGGACCACCAGUAGCAAUAAAAAGAUUGCAAGGAUUUAAUGAAACAGAAAGUAAAGUGCCAUUUAGCUAGCCAAUAUCUCUUUGGUUAGGAACAAAUCGAGGAAUAGGACAAUUUGGCCUGAUAAAUUUGGAUGGCAAUGGAAUAAUAGGAAUAGAUAUGUUGAAUAAUGGUAGCCAACUAGUCAUAGGCGCUGACUUCCCCUUUUUCCCCAUGGGUGCUCAACCCCCCUCCUCUGCCCUCAACCCCACCCCCACUCCACUCCUUCUAUGAAGUCCCACCCCUGCCCCUCCUCUUCCCACCUCUGCCCCACCCCGCCCCCAUUCCAACACCUUCCCCAAAGCCCCUGCCCCAACUCAUCCCCCUCCCUGCCCCUAUUCCAACUCCUUCCCCAAAUCCCCACCCCGCCUCCUCCCCCUCCCUUCCGGAGCGUGCUAAUGUUGCCAAACAGCUAGGUGGGAAGUGCUGGGAGGUAGGCAGAGGAGUGAGGAUGCGGUGAGGUUGGGGGAGGGGGAGGAGAGCUUGCCUGCCAGUGGCAAUUUUUUUUUUCCCUGUGCGUGCUCCAGCCCCAGAGCACCCAUGGAGUCAACGCCUGUGCAACUAGUAUUAAUGGACGAAGUGAACGCUCAUAGAAGAAACCUUGAAAGAGCUCAGUAGAAUAGCAAGGCAGAUGAACAGGCUGAGAAAGGAACCAAGGAGGGGAUAGUAUGGCAGCCAAAAUUCCGAUCAACCCCAAUAGCAAAAAUAGAAAGAACAAAUUGAUUUAGUAGUGCUUCAGAACAGGGAGCCUAAACCCCCUAAAACAACUUUAAAUGAGAUAAGCACUAGCCAUCGGCUGAUAGCUAGUUUGCUCCCUGGAUGGGAGAAGCUACAAGAAGUGGAUCACUUACCUCCACUGUUCGUAUUACUGCUAUUACAGAGCAAUGUAUCUAUGGCAUUAGCUUGUGUACAAGCACAAACACGGACUAAUGAUGUGGUAAAGGACAUCAUAAGGGAUGGAAUGAGUGGGAUUUUGCCUUUAGAAAUAAGCAUUACGUAGAAAUAUGCUACUAUCUCUGAACAAAAAUUGUAUUCUUGGUAGAAAAUGAUAAAUUUUACACAUGAUGUACAAUUAAAUCAAAUUACCACCUAUAUAGUGAUAGAAUGGAUUUUGGCAUUAGGAUUAAAUGUUAAUGACGCUUUAAUGCAGCCAGUGGAGCAUAAAUUGUGGGGCAUGAAACAAACCUUUGUAUGGAAAACUGGAAUUUGAAGCCUGCAUGGAAGAGUGUGGGUAUUGGAUAUGUUUGCAGUUAUGAUACUAUACAACCAUAUGAUAUAUGUUUAAGUUCAGAAAAGAGAAGAUGUCAUUACCCACUCGAUCCUUUUCCACUUAAUGGAUCUGUAGUUGUGUAUAUAGGAAAUGUGUAUGUACUGGAGGUUGGUGUAACUGGUUUGAAGUUAAUCGUUUAUCAUAACACAUGAUCCUCAGGAAAACCAAUGUCUAUGCAAUAUAACUACUAUAAUAGGGUGUGAUUUUAAUUUUUCAUUGCCUGAAAGAAAAAGUGAAGACAUUAAAGAUCAGUUUCAGAUAUAUAUCAAGAUUAACCCAAUACCAUUGGGAAUGAAUAUAAGUUUAGUUAGGCAGCUAUUAAGGCAUUCUGACUUACAAAAACAAUUACAGAAAGCUCAGGAAAGUACACAGAAAGUCAUAAUCAUUGCACACCACUCUAGUGAUGAACAAGUUAUGGAACGAAUACAAAAAGAUACUAAACAUAGGUGGUGGAAGAUAUUUUUGGAAUGGUCUCCCACAGCAACAGGAUUCUUUAAUGCUAUUCUACAUCCUUUAGUAAUAAUUUUGGUGUUUCAGGUUUUGGUGGCAAUUACACUUAUCAUUUUGGUGUGCUUGCCCAAAGAGAAAUUUAAGCAGCUGAGCAUAUACUGUCCACAAGUCUUAAAAGAGUUAUAAUGGUGCACAAGGUGUGCAGCCUUAGUGAGGCAGAAUCAAGGAUGACAAGAUAUUGUGCCAGCAAGAAGAAAUAUCUGCUUGGUCUCAUGGAGAGCCUUGAGCUAAUGCUGGACAAAACUGAACAUCCACUGAACUCACUAAUUAGGUGUUGGAUUGAUAAACAAGUAUAUCAUGCAAUAAGGAGGGGACUGAUACAAGAGAUUUAUCUGGCUGCCCUAUUCUGUGUGGAAAUACAGCACUAGAAGCACUGUCCAGAACUAAAGGUGCUGACCUGUUACCAUUAGUUGAAGCAGGGAGAAAUUGAGAUUUGGGCUUGUUUGAAUUAGUGAAAUUGGAGUGGUGACAGUGAAACAUAAUGUUAAGGUACAUAUACAUGUAUAAUUUGUUUAAUAAUCAUGAGGCUUUAAAUAGUUAAUAAAGAUGGUUUUAAGCGGUUAUGGCAGCUGCAAGAAAUCAAAGCUGGGAAAACCAAACUGGAGGCCUUAGAAUGAUCUGGCCAAGGGCAAGCAGGCAGGUUGGGGGUGAAAUAAAGGUCACUCCAAAAACCUGAAGAGAGGGGUCAGUUAGGUAGAAUACAGGUCUUCAAACUGGUCCAGCCUUAAGAGCACAGGUUUUCAAUCAGGUCCAGCUUUGAUUGACAGGUGAAGGCCUUGAAGCUGAUUGGCUGAUAAUGAUUGGGAUUUAAAAGAGAGCCAAUCAGGAUAAGCUAAAAUCUGUAUAAGGCAGAGAGCUGACUGGCUUUAGUUAGUUUGUCUGCCUCAGCGUGAGCGGAAGUAGUUGGAAUGAGUGGGAGAAGCAAAAGAAAAAGAAACUCAACUAAAAGAGUUGAAAUCAUAAGAAGACAGAGAGCAGAAGCAAAGUAGCAGUGACAAAAUUAGGUCUGACAGAUCAGAAGGACCUAGAGUAGAGGGAAGGAAAACCAACAGGAAAGUAAGCCCAUAAUAAGAAAUAAACUGAGUGAAUAGGUGUGUAUGGGAUAAUAAAGCUGGAUAUUUGUGUAUAUAUGUUUAAGAACUUGCUGUCAGCAUCCUAUAUGUAAUUAGCCACUGCAUAUAGAAUGUAACCACUUAAAGCUAUUUUCCAGUUGUAGGAUAUUGAAAUUUUGAGUACUUUAAUGUGCAUCUGUGCUAACAGAAUUCUAUGCCUUUGUUAAGCAAAUAUGAAUGUAUUUCUUUUAAUAUAUUUUAAAUUUGCUGUUUUCUUAAUAUGUUUUAGAUUUACUUUAUUAGGAAAUAUUGUGUUAAAUAAAGAUUAUUUUUGUUGUUGAAGGA